AUGUCGCAAUUCAAAUUCGUCAAUUCCAACGAGCCCGUGCCCGGUAACGGCACCCUACCGCUUGAAUUCACAAUCACCACCAAGCCCUCGACAGACAUCUGGUCCAAGCCUCCGUCGACCAACAGCUUCUCCGCACCAAUCCUCUACCAAUCCGUCCCGAUUCAAUCCUUCAAGCGCAUACGGGCUGCCUUCAACGCCCUAUGGAAGCACCAGUAUGACCAGGGUGGCCUGAUCCUGAUCCUGCGCGGCGCGGACGGGACCCAGAAGUGGGUGAAGACGGGCAUCGAGCUGGUCCACGGCAAGCCGCAUCUCAGCGUCGUGGCGAAGGACCGCUGGGCGGACUGGAGCUUGCUGCCGGUACCGUCGGGCGGCGGCGCGGCGACGAUCGAGAUGGUGCGUGAGGCGGACAAUAGUCUUUGGAUCUACCUGGUCGAGGGCGUGCAGAAGUCACCGAUUCGCGAGGUCACCUGGAUCUUCCAUGAGGAUGUGCAGGAGUUCUGGGUCGGGGUUUAUGCGGCGCGACCAGGCAGUGAGGGAGGCGAGCUGCCGGUCAACUUUGGACAUUUGAUUAUAGAUUUGGCGUGA